AUGGACAAAGCCAUUGAAGAGACUAUAACCGAGAAAGAAAUAGGCAUGAUUCUUGCCGAUCCAUACGCACACGCAGUCAGUCUACACAUCGAAAACAUUGAAAAGCCUUCUAACAGUAUUGAGACCAAAAAUGAGUACAUUGAUGGUCUUGAAGCCAUGCUUAUUCAUUCCAGUGUUUCAACAGCGCCUAGUAUUCUGGCGAAGAUGAAAGAUCUUGUCAAACUAAUUCACGUUCCUGGAGUUGAGGCCAACAUGUGUGUUCUGCUAGGACAUAUGACCCAAAACGUGAUUGUUAUCUCUCAAGAGUUAGUUAAGUGCCACAUUUUCAGUGAGUGCUUAGCACUAUCGCGAACGCGUCCCACUGCCCUCCCCAAGAUUGCUUUCCUUCUGACUAUUUUAGAUAACACUCUUCCCAACUUCAAAGAGCUACUUAUUAAGGCCAACGAGGACCCUCUUAAAAUAAGAGACUUCCUGUCCGCAGAAACAGUCAUCGAUAGCAAAACCGAAGCUCGACUGACCGCCCUUUGUGCCAAGUUAGAAUAA